GAAAACGUGAUAGAAAUGAAUGGAACACAGACGAUUUUGAAAUAUCCUGCCACAGUAGAUAAGAUGGAAAGAAAACCGCCCAAAAACUUCGCCUUCGACCACUGCUUCUACUCGACAGAUGGCGACGCGCCGCACUUUGCCUCACAGGAGCUGGUCUUCGACAAUGUGGGCCGCGACAUACUGGAGAACGCGUUCCAGGGCUACAACGCGUGCAUCUUCGCGUACGGCCAGACCGGCUCCGGCAAGUCGUACACGAUGAUGGGCAACCAGGACAACAAGGGCAUCAUCCCGCGGCUGUGCGACGAGCUGUUCGCGUCGAUCGCGGCCAAGCAGACGGACGAGCUGACGUACAAGGUGGAAGUGUCCUACAUGGAGAUCUACAACGAGAAGGUGCACGAUCUGCUCGAUCCGACCACCAGCAAGCAGUCGCUGAAAGUGCGCGAACACAACGUACUCGGCCCGUACGUGGACGGGCUGUCCCAGCUGGCCGUUACAUCGUUCAUGGACAUUGACAACCUGAUGGCCGAGGGCAACAAAUCACGCACGGUGGCGGCCACGAACAUGAACUCGGAGUCUUCCCGCUCGCACGCGGUCUUCACGGUGGUGCUAACGCAAACCCUGAUCGAUACGCUGUCCGGGGUGACGGGCGAGAAGGUGUCACGCGUGUCGCUGGUCGAUCUGGCCGGCAGCGAGCGCGCGGUCAAGACGGGCGCCGUAGGUGAUCGGCUGAAGGAGGGCUCGAACAUUAACAAAAGUCUCACGACGCUCGGGCUGGUGAUAUCGAAGCUGGCCGACCAGACGGGGGGUGGCGGCGGCGGUGGCAAGAACAAGGACAAGUUCGUGCCGUACCGCGAUUCGGUGCUGACGUGGCUGCUGAAGGACAAUCUCGGCGGAAACUCGCGCACGGUGAUGCUGGCCACGCUGUCACCGGCGGCCGACAACUACGAGGAAACGCUGUCGACGUUGCGGUACGCGGACCGGGCGAAGCGCAUCGUUAACCACGCCGUGGUGAACGAGGACCCGAACGCGCGCAUCAUCCGCGAGCUGCGCAAGGAGGUGGAAACGUUGCGCGAGAUGCUGAAGCACGCGACGGGCAGCAAUCCGCUCGGCGACAUGAAGCGGGUCGAUAUCCACGACAAGAUCGCGGAGAGCGAGAAUCUGAUGAAGCAGAUCUCGCAGACCUGGGAGGAGAAGCUGGAGAAGACGGAACAGAUCCAGAGCGAGCGGCAGCAGGCGCUGGAGAAGAUGGGCAUCAGCGUGCAGGACAGUGGCAUCAAGGUGGAGAAGAACAAGUACUAUCUGGUCAACCUGAACGCCGACCCGUCGCUGAACGAGCUGCUGGUGUACUAUCUGAAGGAGCAGACGCUGAUCGGGGGCCGCGGUGCCAACGGGAGCCAGCAGCCGGACAUUCAGCUGCUCGGGCUCGGCAUCCAGCCCGAGCACUGUCUGAUCACGAUCGAGGGCGGCGAACUGUACAUGGCGCCGAUCGCCGAGAGUGCGCGCUGCUUCGUGAACGGGUCGAUUGUGUCGGACAAAACGGCGCUCCACCAUGGCGAUCGCAUCCUGUGGGGUAACCAUCACUUCUUCCGCGUCAACUGUCCCAAGUCGGCCGCGAAUAGUGCGGCCGGGAUCGGGGCCUCGGAACCGCAGACGCCGGCCCAGCAUCUCGAUUACUACUACGCCCAGGAGGAGCUGAUGCAGAACGAAUUCAGCAACAAUCCGAUCCAGGCGGCCAUCGAGCGGCUCGAGAAGCAGCACGAGGAGGACAAGCAGGUGGCACUGGAGAAGCAGCGGCAGGAGUACGAGAAACAGUUCCAGCAGCUGCGCAACAUCCUAUCGCCGACGACCCCGUACGCGCCGUACGCGCCGUACGAUCCGUUCCGGCUCGGGAAGCUACCGCCGAACACGCCGAACGCACAGCUGCGGGUGGAAAAGUGGGCCCAGGAGCGGGACGAGAUGUUCAAGCGUUCGCUCGGCCAGCUCAAGACGGACAUCGUGCGGGCCAAUGCGCUGGUGCAGGAAGCGAACGUGCUGGCGGAGGAGAUGGACAAGCAGACAAAGUUCAGCGUGACGCUCCAGAUUCCGCCCGCCAACCUGAGCCCGAACCGGAAGCGCGGUGCGUUCGUCAGCGAACCGGCCAUCCUGGUGCGCCGGCUGAACUCGGGCAGCCAGAUCUGGAGCAUGGAGAAGCUGGAGAACAAGCUGAUCGAUAUGCGCGACAUGUACCAGGAGUACAAGGAGCGCAACUGCGCCGCGAUGACGGCGGCUGCGGCGGCGGCGGCAGCGGAGGAGGAGGAGGCGGCGAACAAAAUGGCGGCCAAGUCCGAUCCGUUCUACGAGUCGCAGGAGAACCACAAUCUGAUCGGGGUGGCCAACGUGUUCCUGGAGGUGUUGCUACACGACGUGAAACUGGACUACCACACGCCCAUCAUCAGCCAGCAGGGCGAGGUGGCCGGCCGGCUGCAGGUGGAGAUCAGCCGGGUGGCGGGUCAGUUCCCGCAGGACCGCAUGUGCGAGUCGUCGGCCUCCUCCGAGAGCUCGGCCUCGGACAGUCACGAGGAGGAGGACGCGGGCGAGACGCCGCCGGGCGGUGGCAGCAAUCAGAUCACGUGCCGGAUCAGCGUGAAGCAAGCGUCCGGGUUGCCGCUGUACCUGUCGAACUUUGUGUUCUGCCAGUACUCGUUCUGGAACCACGACGUGUCGGUUGUGCCGGCCACGAACCAGGAGGUGGCGGGCCACAACCAGAACAUCACGUUCAAGUUUGACCACGACGCCGACUACGUGGUCACGAUGAACGAAGAGUUCCUGGAGCACUGCACCGAUGGGGCGCUCUCGAUCGAGGUGUGGGGCCACCGGUCGGUCGGGUUCUCGCGCAUGAAGGACUGGGAAGUGGAGCAGCAGCAGGCGAAGGCGCGCUCGCUGGCCGACCGGUGGGCGGAGCUGUCGCGCAAGAUCGAGCUGUGGGUCGAGAUCCACGAGCUGAACGACAACGGUGACUGGGCGCCGGUCGAGGUGCAGUGCGCCCGGGACAUGCUGACCGGCGGGGUGUACCAGCUGCGGCAGGGCUUCCAGCGGCGGGUGAUGGUGCGCGUGAAGCCGGUCCAGAACUCGGGCACCCUACCGAUCAUCUGCCAGUCGAUCAUCAACGUGUCGAUCGGCUGCGUGACGAUGCGCUCGAAGCUCCAGAAACCGAUGGACUCGUACCAGGAGGAGGACCUCACGGUGCUGCGGGACAAGUGGAGCGAAGCGUUGGGCCGCCGGCGCCAGUACCUGGACGCGCAGAUCCAGCGGCUGAUCAACAAGGACGACAAGACGGAGCAAGAGAAGGAACGCGAACAGAGCCUCGUCAACCAGUGGGUGUCGCUGACCGAGGAGCGGAACGCGGUCCUAGUGCCGGCACCCGGUUCCGGCAUCCCGGGGGCACCAGCUUCGUGGGACCCGCCGGUCGGCAUGGAACCGCACGUGCCGGUCCUGUUUCUCGAUCUCAACGCCGACGACCUGUCGACGCAGGCCUCGAACGACGAGGUGCCGCUGGCCGGGCUGAAUUCCAUCUUGCCAAAGGAGCACGGUAACAAGUUCUACACCCUGCAGCUGAUCCAGCACCAGGACAAGGACAUUUGCGCCAUCUGCAGCUGGGACUCGUCGAUACACGACUGUGCGGCGCUGAACCGCACGACCGAGGCGAACGAGCGCGUCUAUCUGAUCCUCAAGACCACGGUCCGGCUCUCGCAUCCCGCCCCGAUGGACCUGGUGCUCCGGAAGCGGCUCGCGCUCAACAUCUACAAGCGGCAGAGCUUCACCGAUAGGCUGAAAAAGUUGCGCAUUGGCCGACCCGAAGCCCUGUCGCUGCAGUCCGGCGUCACGUACGAGGUGGUGUCGAACAUUCCCAAAGCCUCCGAGGAGCUGGAAGACCGCGAAUCGCUCGCCCAGAUUGCGGCCACCGGCGAGGACUGUUCGGCCAGCGAUGGCGAAACGUACAUCGAAAAAUACACCAAAGGAGUGUCGGCGGUGGAAAGCAUCCUAACGCUGGAUCGCCUGCGCCAGAGCGUGGCCGUGAAGGAACUCGAGCAGGUGCGGGGACCGCAAGCGCUGUCGAUGCGCAAGACAGCCAGCGUUCCAAACUUCUCACAGGCCGUAAAAGAUGCCAGGGAGUUGAGUGCGAGUCUCACCACCUCGAUGACAAUGAGAUUCUUCGAUGCUUCGUUCGAGUCGCUGCUCAGCAUUGGACGCUCGGAAUCGUACGCCGACCUCAAGAUGGGUCUGAAUGCCGCUCAAAGCACUCGCGAGACCGCGACCAGCCGACAAAAGUUGAAGACGAACAACAACAACGGCGAGGAAGGCUCAAGCUCGAGCUAUGGCAUCGCUCGACCCACAUUCCUUAAUCUUAACAUUAAUCUCAAUUCUCUGCGACUGCAGCCAACUAAACCGUCCCCGGCUGCUAGCAAGUUGGCUCAGCGGAUGACGACCCUCCACGAGGAGCCACUGAUCAAACAGAUCUGCUACGAGGAGGAGGGCGAAGAUCGGUUCAGUGAGCCCGAGUACCCCGAGUACACCGAUUUCUACGAGCAGCCGAUGGCCAAGAAGUCGUCGUUGUCGAAAAUGAAAUCCUCGUAUACCGUGGAGUCGUUUAUCGACAUCGAUAAGCGUGGUGGUGGCGGCGGCCAGUCGAUGGCAGGCGUCGAUACAAUCAACUCGGGCGGCGGACCAGCCGAAAGCGGUAAGAUGGUGUCGUCUGCGCCAGUAUCCGGUAGCAGCAGCGCCGGCGGCAACAGCAAAUACCAAACCAUUGGCCAUAUGACGCCCAGCAUGAGCUCCUCGACGUCGAGCGGCUACGGUUCGCAGGCGGUGUCCUGCAGCAACCUCACCAACGACGAUACCUAUUCCAUCCGUUCGCUCAGUGUCGGAGAAACUCCCGAAACCAUGUCACCGUCCAACCGAAUGCAAGAGCCAAAUGCACCGAGCUGCGGUGGUGGUACUGUUGCCAAAUCAACCAGGGACCAGUCAAGUCCAUCCACCUCAAUGAUCACCGCCGCGGCCGACGGAACGGAAGUACCUCCCGCGUACAGCGCCGUCAGUCUCAACUGCGGUUUCCCGAAGCGGGUCAAUCCAUUUCUGAAGGACGGAAACUAUGAGACCUUCGACGACGAUGCCGACGACGAGACAAACGGGCCGGCGACGGGUGCGAAUCUGCCAGAACAGAAGCAGCAGCAGCACCAAUCGCACGAUGAAGACGACGAGGGUUUGGAAGUCGAGCGGGAGUCAACCGCGAGUGCGAUGAACGAUUCCACUCAUCAGCAGCUGGAUGAAAGUGACGAGGGUGCUCCGGACCAGAUCAGUGCGGUGACAUCGAUCAAACAGCAGUCAGAAGGAGUGAUGGAAAGCAGCUUCUCCUCGACACCGGGCAAGCAGGAACUCAUCCCGGAUUGGGUGGUGGUUGGGGAAUCGGUGCUGAUAAGACCGUACAACACGAGCGGUGUGAUCGCUUACGUUGGUAGCACUCACUUCCAGAGUGGCACGUGGAUUGGAGUGGAACUGGACACGCCAACCGGGAAGAACGAUGGCACGGUGCAAAACAUACAGUACUUCGAGUGCCGGCCCAAGCACGGCAUAUUUGUGCGCGGCGAUAAGCUAAUCCUCGACAAGCGCGGCCGGGCCAUGCGCGAGCUGAAAAAAGCCGAGAAGAUGAAAGCUGAACUUGCCAAGGGUGGUAAGGUGACUGGCGGCGGCGGUGUGGCGUCCGCGAAUGGUCCGCGCAAAUGA